AUGGUUGGAUUAAAUGGUGGGGAAAAGAAAAAAAUUGAUAAAGAGGGAUAUUUUAACAAUUUUAAAUUAUGCAAUAGGGAAAGUGAAAAAGAGAAAAUUAUCAGAAUAAAGAAUAAUUUACUAGAAUGUAGGGAAAAAUACAGCAGUGAUGAUAUUUAUAAGAGAGAGAAUAUUUGUGUAAAUUCUAGCGAUAAAUUAGAGAGUAAAGAUAGUUCAUUUUUAAUAAAUGAAGAAGACAAGUUGUCUAGAAAUAACAGUGAGGUUUCCUUUUCCCUAAUGAGAGAUACAUCAGACAAGGAAGAAGAGACAAAUAGAUCAAAAGAAGGAAUAUUAAAUAGUCAAAAAAAUAAUAAGAAAUUGGUUAAUAUGGCUGUUUUAAAAAACAUUUUAAAUAUAUAUUUUUUAUUUGACAAGAAUAAUGAAGGGUGCAUUGAUCAGAAAUAUGCUUGUUCUGUGAUUGAGAUGAUUUAUAAAAAUAAUGUAAAUUUCAUACUAAAAAAUAUAAAAUUAAAUGAAAAGGAUGUCAAUGAAGAGGAUUCUAAAUAUGAUGCCAAAAGGUAUGAAGGUGAUAAUCCAUUUUUCUGUACAAAGUACUUUGCACACUUCUUACUUUUAAUUUUAAAAGAUGUAUCAGUUUUUCAAAGUAAAGAAGGGUUUAUAAGAAAAGAAAUUUUUAUAGAUAUUAUAAACGAGUUUGUCCAGACAAGCAGUUUGAACAACGACAAUGAUGUAUUUGGAGUGUUAAGAUACCCCAAAAAUAUAGUAACGAAUUUUUAUAAUUAUGUGUAUUAUUUGAAAAGAAUAGAUAAUGAAAAGAAAAGGAGAAUAAUCAUGGAUAUGAAAAAAAACAAAGAAUUAAAAAAUAUAUGCUUUUUAGAUCCUAAAUUUGUAAAUGCUGAUUUGAAUACGCAUAUUAGCUAUUUUAAAAAAAAAACAAAAAAAAAGUUAGAAGAUAUAAAAACAGAAACCAGUAAAGAAGAAAUGAAAGAAUGCACCUUUUUUCCCCAUACUACAAAGAAACCGAUGUAUUUACUAAAAAAAAAAAAGUUUAAAAUGACCUUGAAUAAUAGUACUACACACAAGAUGAGGGAUACUAAUAGUAAAUAUACCCCCCUACGUAUAAUAUACGACAUAGACUACUCAAUUGAAAGAACAUUACUUUUACCAAACGAGGAGACUCCAGAGGGGUUUGAUACUCAUUCAAGUAAUAUGAGCAAUAAUAUGCAUCAUAUAUAUAACGAAAAUAACUUCGCACCAAUCCAAUUAAAAUAUAUAAUUCAUCAGGGUUAUGUAAAACCUAAAAAGAUCUCUUGGCAUGAUACCCUAAGGAAGUGA